GCUAGCAGUCUGCCCUUCUCUGCACCUCCAUCUCCAUUAUUCUUCAGUCAACACUCCUUAUAAUUAGCAGCGCAAGUGUCAAUUAAUUACUCUAAUAAUCUAUUCGAAGGAAAUGGACGAGGUGGUGGUUUACAGGCGAUCGGCGUCGAGGCUGACGAUCGGAGCUCACCUGUUCGGCGUCCUGGCAAUUGUUCUGAUGCUGAUAUGGUUGCUGCACUACCGCGGCGGCAUUGAGUACGACUCCGACAACCCGGCCCGCGUCUUCAACGUUCAUCCAUUCCUCAUGUUCUGCGGCUUCAUCUUCCUCGUUGGUCAAGGUAUAACUCCUCCUGAGUACUUGAAACUUAAUGCGAUGAUGGCGUACAAGUCCGUCCCAGCAGCCAAAGAAGCACAGAAGGCCGUACACAUGGUGUUACACUUAAUCGGAAUAGCUCUCGGCAUCGUCGGAAUAGCCGCGGUGUUCAGGUUCCACGACAUGAUAGGCGCGGAAGACAUGUUCAGCCUCCAUUCUUGGAUUGGGCUCACCACCUUCAUCAUAUUGGGCCUCCAAUGGCUGUUGGGCUUUUUCACCUACAUGUUCCCCAAGCCCAGCCUGGGCACGAGGUCCAGAAUGAUGCCGUGGCACGUCAGCUUCGGCAGGGCGCUUCUGUACAUGGCCGUCGCGGCGGCGCUGACGGGGCUCAUGCAGCGAGAGACGCUUCUCAACCUCCGUGGGCACGCCGAGUCCCGGCUCAUCAACUUCACCGGACUUUGUAUCUUGCUCUUCGGCAUUUUCGUUGAUCUCUCGGUGGCACUUGCUCACCACGCCUGACCGGCCGGCGAGGGUUUUUUGCCGGCGGGGGGAGUUUGGAAAUGUGAUUUGAUCAUCGAUUCUUUUCGUACGUUGAUUGGGGACGGGGGUUUGUUUAAUUUGUUUUCAUGGAGUUUUCGACCCAAAUUGAAUGUGUGUUGUUGAGGAUGAUUUUUCACUUUGUCUGAGUUUUCUUUUUCGAGAAUUGAAUGUGUAGUGAGUUGGAUUUUAUGUAUCGCUGAGUAAUUUCUAAAUGUUGAUUACACUGUGAUAGAUGAUGGGCUCGUUUUUAAGCGCGAACCCUAAUAGUCAAAGAUAGAAUCGUGAUUUAUGACUAUUAAAGUUCGUGGA